AUGAUUCAGUCAAUUUGUUUUCAAUCAUCCGAAUCCUGUGGGAGCCGAGCUGCGUGGAGGCUGUUUCAGGAUGGAGCUCUGGAUUUACUGCAAGAACUGAAAAACACAAAGAUGUCUCUGGAGACGCUGCAGUCGACCCGUGUGGGGAUGUCUGUGAACGCAGUGCGGAAGCUGAGCUCUGAUGAAGAAGUCCAAACUUUAGCCAAAGUCCUGAUCAAGUCCUGGAAGAAACUGAUCGAUGGAGCAGAGAAAAAGUGUGAGGAGAAGGAGGAGCCAGUGAGGUCUUCGUCUACGUCCAAAGACACAGGACACGAGGAGAGCAGCUGUAAAGAGACGGACCCCCAGAGCUCCGCCCCCACCUCCAGUAUGACCUCGUUCCCCCCAGCUCCCGUCACCACCGACGGCGUCCGCAACAAGUGCCGCGAGCUGCUGGUGGCAGCGCUGCAGACGGACGGAGACUUCAGAGCCUCUGGAGUGGACUGUGCUCACUUGGCCGCUCAGAUCGAGGAUCAUAUCCUUCACUAUGUGAAGUACAAGAGCCGCCUGCGCAGCCGCAUCUCCAACCUGAAGGACCAGAAGAACCCAGAGCUGCGAAGGAGUGUGCUGCGAGGAGACAUCGGGCCUCAGCGCAUCGCCAGCAUGACGGCAGAGGAGAUGGCGAGUGCGGAGCUGAAGAGGAUGAGAGAGACUUUGACCAAAGAGUCGAUCCGCGAGCACCAGCUGUCGAGAGUUGGAGGCACAGAGACCGACAUGUUCCUGUGCAGCAAGUGCAAGAGCAAGAACUGCACUUACAACCAGGUGAGCCCGCGACCAGGCGAGGUGAGCCCGCGACCAGGCGAGGCGAGCCCGCGACCAGGCGAGGUGAGCCCGCGACCAGGCGAGGUGAGCCCGCGACCAGGCGAGGUGAGCCCGCGACCAGGCGAGGUGAGCCCGCGACCAGGCGAGGUGAGCCCGCGACCAGGCGAGGUGAGCCCGCGACCAGGCGAGGUGAGCCCGCGACCAGGCGAGGUGAGCCCGCGACCAGGCGAGGUGAGCCCGCGACCAGGCGAGGUGAGCCCGCGACCAGGCGAGGUGAGCCCGCGACCAGGCGAGGUGAGCCCGCGACCAGGCGAGGUGAGCCCGCGACCAGGCGAGGUGAGCCCGCGACCAGGCGAGGGAGCCCGCGACCAGGCGAGGCGAGGUGAGCCCGCGACCAGGCGAGGUGAGCCCGCGACCAGGCGAGGUGAGCCCGCGACCAGGCGAGGUGAGCCCGCGACCAGGCGAGGUGAGCCCGCGACCAGGCGAGGUGAGCCCGCGACCAGGCGAGGUGAGCCCGCGACCAGGCGAGGUGAGCCCGCGACCAGGCGAGGUGAGCCCGCGACCAGGCGAGGUGAGCCCGACCAGCGACCAGGCGAGGUGAGCCCGCGACCAGGCGAGGUGAGCCCGCGACCAGGCGAGGUGAGCCCGCGACCAGGCGAGGUGAGCCCGCGACCAGGCGAGGUGAGCCCGCGACCAGGCGAGGUGAGCCCGCGACCAGGCGAGGCGACCGGACCCGCGGACCAGGCGAGGCGAGCCCGCGACCAGGCGAGGCGAGCCCGCGACCAGGCGAGGCGAGCCCGCGACCAGGCGAGGCGAGCCCGCGACCAGGCGAGGCGAGCCCGCGACCAGGCGAGGCGAGCCCGCGACCAGGCGAGGCGAGCCCGCGACCAGGCGAGGCGAGCCCGCGACCAGGCGAGGCGAGCCCGCGACCAGGCGAGGCGAGCCCGCGACCAGGCGAGAGCAGUGCAGAUCCGCAGCGCUGACGAACCCAUGACCACGUUUGUCGUCUGCAACAACUGUGGAAACAGAUGGAAGUUCUGUUAA